AUGACUAUAUUGGAGAAUCUCAAUAAAAUCGGUCAUCCACUUGAAAGUAUUACUUCAUCAAGUGUUGGAUCAUCUUUUGGCUCCGCAUCAAUCGAAUCUGCCAAUGGUACUACCGAUUCUGAUUGGAGAGGUGGUGGUGGCAAUUGGAGAGGUGGCGGCGGUGGUGGAAACUGGAGAGGUGGAGGUGGUGGCAAUUGGAGAGGUGGCGGUGGUGGUAAUUGGAGAGGUGGCGGAGGUGGUGGUCACUGGAGAGGUGGAGGUGGAAACUGGUGGUAA